AGAAUUACCAGAAGAGCUUGUUACAGUUGUUAAUCAGCUGCAAACGGUUCUAGCCACAGACAGGAGAGUGACUGAAGCCUACUUGCGAAUCCUGGUUGCCUUUGGGCAUCCUGCACCAUUUAAAUCAAGAAGUGCCUUUAUGGUCUGGGAAAAAACGCAAAGUCUUUGUGAACGGUUUGACAAUUACUGCAACAGAUCAUGGAAUCGUCGGUUUGAAGAGGAGCAGCAAAGCUGCAAAAAUGCAGAACUGAAAGGCAAGCUGGCAGAGGUUUUGAAAAUAAUGCUGGACAACACGAUGAAUUUGAGUGAAGAAGAAUAUUCACAAUGUGACUCAAUCCUUUCCAGUGUGGAAGAGACAACUAGCAGAAACCUGGAAUCUACACAAGAGAUAAUGACGUCAGAUGACAACUCCUCUGAGCCAGAUCAGGAAACAAGCGUCAAUAUAAGAAUGAAUGAUGUGGCACUAAAAAAAAUUAUGUCGCUUAUGUUUGGGGAUGUUUGUUCUUUGCAAGAAGGUCGUGUCCUAGGGUCUUUGAUGCUGGCGCUGGUAAAUCAAAUGGCUAGAGGGGCAACUUCCUUGGACAGUGGAGCCGUAAGAGAUGAGAUAGAGGCACUCACAACAUAUCAUUUGAAAAAGAGAAUUAGAGAUCCAGUAAUACAGGCGAUAUUCUGUCACUUGGGAGGUACUCUGAGCAAGGGAAACAACUUAAACUCACAUUUCUCGUCCAUCUUCCGCCUGGUGGAGUCUGAAAUACUCACAGAGUGCUUCAUGUUGGAGAGCCGUAAGCUUUGGGUGCAGAGUAACGAUUUCAAAGAAUCAAAUGUUUUCUCUGUUUUGGGCGGAGCACGAAAUCUUCUUGAUAGCGUGUCAUCACGGAAGUUAGUUGAAGAGGGACAUGGCAGCUCUCUCACUUCUUUGACAAUUCGCAACUACCACGAAAACCUCAAACACUUGGAAAUAUUAUCAUCACACUUUUGGGUCAAUGGUGACUUGCUUGAUUCCCACAAUGAAGUGGAUCGGUAA